AUGCCUGAUCAUCACCGCUACCACCACCAUCAUCGGAACCACAGGUCGGCAUCACCGCGAGCGGCCUCAACUGCGACUCCGAGCCACGCUCGCAGACCCCGGAAUCGUCACGCCGUGGUGUCUGGGAGGACGUCUACUGUCCGGGAGAACGAUGCUCCAGAUUUCGACACCGGCGCCGCACAUCUAGACUCAUGGGAAGGAGGAGCCCACGGCUCUGCUGUGGCCGGCAACCCGACCGCGACCAGUGCUGAUACAAGCUCAGCACCCACCGUCGAGUUGGCCGAAUCAUUUCCCGUGUAUCCUGCGAUAGCGGCAUACAACGGCAACCACACUCUCGAUACUGCAGAGGGCUUUCCAAGUACCGAGUCUUCUUAUCUGAUCCCUUUUGAAGCCGGCGAUGACAGCGGCAUGCUAUCAAACCGCGCGAGCUAUCCCAGCCGUUGUGCCUAUCAGUACGACCGCCCCACGACCUUGCGUUCGAGCUUUGAAAUAGAACAGUCACAGACCAUGGCAUCGAACAACUCGCAAGGCGCAACGUCUCCGACUAGCACAUACCAAGCGGGAAUGAGCCUCUAUAGCGAUCCCGCUGUCGCCGGGUCUCAGAACGUCUUUGCAGCGACUGUCUCCUAUCCCUCAAGGCAAUCAUACCCAGCGCGCUCAGACACUGAACCGGACCUUCUUGGUGACUCUUCGCUGGCUCAGGGGUUUGGCGACAGGCAGUACAGGACGGACCAACCAGUGGAAUAUAAUCCUCCCUUUAAGUCAUUGUCGCGGAGCUCGUCUAUCCGGGUCAGUCCAGGGUCAUACGAAGAUGACCAGCACGCCGCAGAAGAGGCCAGAAGGCAAUCGCCCACAGACACAAUCCUCGAUAAUGACGAUGAGCAUCGAAGCUACCCCAACCCUAGCAGCUCCAACGGAAGCGGAAGUCGUCUAUUCGAAUACCACGCGAUCUUGAACUUCAUGCAGGACCACGAGCCACCAUGGAGCAGCUGGGAGCCAAGACAGAGAACGAACUACGAUGAACACCAUAGCCAUCGGAAUGGCCGCUACCGUCCACGAAGGUAG